AUUGGGAAAUCCCAUUAGGAACCUGAUCGGUUUCUUCCUCGCUUUCGUGGAUAGACGUUGGCGUCAGCAAUCCGGUAGUAUACCGGUUCUAAGUAAUACAACGCAUUUUGGCGCUUCGGAAACCCUCUACUAGACGUCCAUCAAUUGACGCUUACUCAUUGUACAUAGCCAUCCACGCUAUGCAUUGUACUAGGAGGUAUACUACGCCAAUAUGGAGAAGGGUGAAAGUCCCGCAUCGUCUUCGGGCUAUAAAGAGGUUGAGAUGGAGACCAUCAUGGAAGAGAUUUGUCCUCACCAGCAUCAUCAGUCAACUAAGCAAAGAUACCAAUAAGAGCAUCAUAGCCUUUUCAUCAGCCUUUAAGCAUCAUCUAGUUAAAGAGUAUUAAAGACUUGUUCUCGCUUUGAGAAACUUGAACAACCGCCCUUGAUAUCCGAACCUAAACCGAAUAUCAGUAUCAGUAACACUUACAACAUGAGUAAUCAAUUUCAGUCCAUCGAACAAUUCGAUUUCAUCGUCGUCGGAGGUGAGUUUAAUGUAAUGAAAAGGGGACAUGAAUCCUCAACUGACACCAUCUAUAGGAGGUACUGCCGGUUGCGCCGUCGCCGGCCGUCUAGCUGAAUCUCCCAACGUCCGCGUCCUGGUCAUCGAGGCCGGUAUUAGCAACCCGAAAGACAUCGACGCCAUUACGACCCCGGCUCGGGCUUUCGAGCUGCGCGAUAGCAAGUAUGACUGGGCUUACAAGACAACCAUGAUUGAUCGUCCCGACUAUACACGUGUCGAGAAGCCCAACACACGCGGCAAGACCCUUGGUGGUUCUAGCUGUCUCAACUAUUACACUUGGAUCCCCGGCUCGGCUGGAACUUUCGACGACUGGGCUCCUUACGGCGGAGACGAGUGGAAGUGGGACAAUGUCCGGAAGUACCUUUAUAAGCCGGCGACCUACCAUGACGACAGGGCCCUGUUUAGUGAGGAGCUGAAGUACAUCGGUACCAACGGCCCCAUCCCCGUCUCGCAUUCGGAUCUGGUUCCUGAGAUAAAGGGCUUCCGAGAUGCCCUGACUAAGGCAUGGACUAGCAAAGGCGGAGAGCUGACAGACGACGUCCACAACGGUACUAUGCGCGGUCUCUGGAAAUGCACUAACAGUAUUUAUAACGGUAAGCGUUCCUCGAGUUGGCUUUACCUUGAGGGUAAGACGAAUGUCACUGUACUUUCCGGCACCAAUUCCAAGCGCCUGCUCAUCGACGCCGCUACGAAGAAAUGUGUUGGCGUCGAGGUAAUUCUACCCUCAGGCGAGACGCACAGCUUCAAGGCCAAGUACGAAACCAUCGUCUCAUCCGGUGUGUUUGAGAGCCCGAAGCUGCUUAUGCUCAGCGGAAUUGGCCCGAAGGCUGAGCUGGCUAAGUUCAACAUUGAGACAAUCGUCGAUUCACCACAUGUCGGCCAGAACCUACUAGACCACCCUAUCCUCCCGCACGUCUUCCGUAUCGAGGACGGCAACGGAUUUGACCAGCACCUCCUCAGGGCCGGUCUCGAGCACGAUGCGGCUGUCAGUUCUUACCGAUGGAGGAACCAAGGUCCCUACACUUCCGGUCUUCUCGAACUAGUCGGUCUCCCGCGUAUCGACGAGCGCUUGAUGAAAUACCCCGAGUACGUAGCCGCCAAAGAAGCCAACGGAGGUCUCGACCCCUUCGGUCCUACGGGUCAACCGCAUUUCGAAAUCGACUUCGUCCCCAUGUUCAGCGACGCCUUCCAGUGGCACAUCCCGACUCCGCCUAAAGGAGACUACAUGACAGUCAUCGUGGACUUGCUACGCCCCCAGAGCCGUUCAGGCACAGUAGAGCUCAACAGCGCAGACCCGCUGGUGCAACCCAAGAUCAACCUGAACUUCUUCGCCGAAGACCUGGAUAUCCUGGCGAUGCGCGAGGGCGUCCGCUGGGUAGACGACGUGCUGAUGAACGGCGAGGGCAUGCGCGACAUGAUCCGCGAGGACUACCCGUGGCCGAUGCCGCGGACCUCGGACGCGGCGAUGGACAAGAUGAUCCUCGAGCGCUCGCAGACGGGCUUCCACCCCUGCGGAAGCACACGCAUGGCGCCUAGCAUCGCGGAGGGCGUCGUCGAUGGUAAACUCAAGGUGUUUGGUGUUGGGAAUCUGAGGGUCAUCGAUGCGUCUGUGAUCCCCGUGAUCCCAGACUGCCGUAUCCAGAACUCGGUCUAUGCGAUUGCCGAGAAGGUAUGUAUUCCCGAGCGAGGCUCUUCUUUGAGCUUGUAGCUAAUUGGGUGAUUAUAGGGCGCCGAUAUGAUCAAGGCCGAGUAUCCAGAGCUAUACGCUUAGAUAUUUAUCUCUAAGGGAUGAGAUAUCUCGCCUUCGAAUGAGAGUAUGGUGAUUGGGGGUUAAGAAACUGUUGGCUUAAGUUUGCGUUAACUAUGGAUGAAUCAUGACUGAUAGAUGGUAAUAAGUCGAAGAGAGAGAAAGAGAGGGGGGGAGAGGGAGAUGAAGGGAGGAGGAUUCCACUUGGCGCAUAUUACUCCUUUCUUUUGAUUUCAAUACUUUGCAGUCCGAUUUCUUAAUUCCAACA